AUGAUCGGACAAGCUCGCGUCGAAGAAGCUCUCCUCCACCAGCUGGAUAUCCCGGUGGCGUACAACACCCGCGCGACCUCAAUUGCUGAGUUCGAUACAGGCGUGGUGGUCACCACUGAUCAGGGCAGAACGAUUGUGUCCAAGUACGCCAUCGCCGCCGAUGGGGCGCGCUCGUUUGUGCGCCGCGCCCUGGACAUCCCGUUCACCGGCACCAAGCCGGAGAUGGUCUGGGCGGUGCUGGACACCUUCAUCGAGACGGACUUUCCUGUCUGUCCGGAGAUCAUUACAUUCCAGAAGGAUGGGCAGUCGCGGAUCACGCAGGAGAAAGCCGAGGCUUCGAUCCAGGAGCAUAUGGCGCCCCACAAGAUCGAGUUCAAGCGCACGGAGUGGUUUAGCACCUUCGAGAUAAAAGAACGCGUUGCCAGCACCUUCAUCUCCAAGGAUGGACACGGUCGCAUUCUGCUCGCCGGCGACGCUGCGCAUGUCCACGCCGUCAACGGCGGGCAGGGCCUGAACACGGGCAUUGCGGACGCCUUCAACCUGAUCUGGCGCGUUGCAUUUGCUGUCAAGGGCCUUGGGGGCUCGACCUUGCUAGCAAGCUACGACGAGGAGCGACGCGCCACUGCCACCGGGGUGAUCGAUGUCGCUGCCAAGCUGGUGCGCAUGACCGUUAAGACGGCCCUGGAGUAUGUCGAUAUCAUUGAGAAGAAUGCUGCCUAUAUUACCGGAAUGGGUGUGUCGUAUCUCCCUUCAACUCCCCUCGUCAAGACAUCCUCCCACGCGGACUUUGUCGCUGGCAGUCGUUGUCCCGAUCUCUGGGUUACGAGUCUUCCGCCGACCAGGCUCUUCGCGGCUGCGGUGGAGAAUCCUGAGGUUGCUAAGUGGGAACCGUCCAAGACUCGGCUCUAUGAGAUCUUUCAAUAUGGCAAGUUCAAGGUCUUCUUCCUCGGGAAGGAUGCUCCAACCGAGUGGGAGUAUCAAGCUGUCAAGCUGCAGCAAAAGGCCGAGUUCUGGAAUGUUCAUGCCUUAUCGCAACGAGUCACGAGUCUUGUGUAUGAAUACCAAGCGGAGUGGGUGGAUGAUGCUCACGAGGCGGUCGUGGUGGUCCGACCGGACUUGUAUGUGGGAUAUGUUGGCCAGGACUGGGUGCAAUAUUUGGAGGAAGUAUUUGCUUGA